CGAUUUAAUUGGAUAAUAUCAACGAUGACGCAAUCAACGUAAGGUACUUCCUUGUUGUGAUUGUGACAGAUGAAAAUGGAACUUUUCGGCUAACAAGAAACUUACAGUUUGCAAUGCCUGCAUUAGGCUUAAACCCUCAGAUAGACUUUGAUGGCAGCAUCAAUGAGUUGCCUGGUAAUGUUUUCAUCAAGAUCAGAGAAUUAUUAGAUCGUAACCCUGCUGACAAGGACUGGCGGGCUCUCAUAAGAUGUGUGGAAAGUAACCCCAAAUACAAAAUCAGCAAUGUGUCAGUUGAGCAAUGGUCUCCUGCCAUUAGCCAUGAAAGUCCUGGUGGGAAGCUGCUAACAGAGCUGGGAUCCAGAGGAAUGCGGGUUGGUGAACUGAGAGAAAAUCUGGAAAAGAUCAAUAUUGAUACCUUUCAAUUGGGAUUGUCACCAUAUGAGGCUAUCAGGUUAAUAACAUCACCUCCAACGUCAAAAGAUCUUUAUGAUGGCGACACAUUAGAGCUCGUUAUCGAGGCAACAGGACGGCCUCAUCCUCGCUACCAGUGGUUCUUCUGUGAAAACGGCAAAAAUGACUUUAAAAAGCUGCAGGGGUACAACCAGGCAAUAUUAAGGAUACAGCAUAUCACACAGCAGAAUGCUGGUGGCUACUCUUGCCAGAUACACAACUGUGGGGACCCAAACAAGACGGUCCUAACUAAACUGACAGUAGUGUCCGUGUCACCCAAUCCCAGGGUUGCCAAUGGACUCCAUCCCCCAGACUCUGGCGACUUUAUCUACAUGUUCAGUCAGCUGAGCGCAGUUGAUCCUGACCAUGUUGCAGCCUUGGUUAAUGGUCUGCAAGACAGGUCCGCAGACUAUGGAUCUGCGUUGGAGUCCAUCACACAAAUACAGUACAAACUGAUCACCGGUCACCCUCAAGAUAUCACAGUAACCCUUGGUCAGUCUUUCAAGUUGUCAGUGAAAACUAGUGGGGAUCCGCCGAUACAUUACCAGUGGUACAGGAAUGGGGUCAAGCUUGAAGAUGGACAAGGGCCAACAUACAAUGUGAUAUGUGCUGACAAAGAGGACAUGGGCAGCUACUACUGCAUUGUCAACAAUGGAGUCAAGAAGGAGCAGUGUAGGACAGCCCAGGUCAAAGAAACUAUCAAGACAUUAGAGGCUGACAUCACAAUCAUAUCGCACCCACAGUCUGUGGACUUGUCAUUCGGUGGCAGCGCCCUCUUUAGUGUGGAAGCUCAGUGUCAUCUACCACUAAGCUACCAGUGGUUCAAAGAUGGUGCUCCGAUCACUGGCGAGACUGGAUCAGAUUUGAAGAUCGUGAAUAUUCAGGAGCAGGUGAAGCAAGGCCUGUACCAGUGUGAGGUUUCCUUGGCAACACCUGUAGCAGGCAUCGAGAGAAAGCGCAAACUCAGCAAAUCAGCAUUCCUCAGGCUGAAGAUCCCUGCUGUGACCGACAACAUUAUGUACAACCCUUCUGACAAAGUUGCUCUCCUGAUUGGAAAUUCUGAUUACAAAUCAGAAAUAAAACUGGCGGCCCCGAAGUCUGACGUUCACGAUCUGGCAGAGCAACUUGCCAGCAUGGAUUUCAGGGUCGUGACCUUGUUAAACCUGACCAAACCGGAAAUCGAAAAUGCCGUGAUGGAAUUCAGUAGACUCAUUGGACCGAAUGUUUAUGUUUUGUUUUAUUUCUGUGGACACGGUUUCGAAGAAAAUGGCAUAUCAUUCCUUGUGCCGACAGAUGCCCCAUCAAUGUAUUCUGCAGAGGAAUGUGUCAACGCGUUUUCAGUCUUAGAUAAUUUUCAGCGGAAACAGCCUGCUCUCAUUUGCAUGAUAAUCGACAUCUGCAGACGAGCAGGAAAAGUAAAGUCUAAUGCACACCCGUCCCUGUUUGAUCAGAAAGUGAGCAAGGGAAAUACAAUCUACUGUUAUGCAACGAGUCCAGGCUUGGCUGCCUUUGAAGACAAGAACCACGGUCUGUUGCUCUACCAUCUAAAACCACUGAUCUGCAAACCUGUUGGAAUAGAAAAGCUCUUCUCAGAAAUAAAAGAAGAGUUUUUCAAAGUCCCAAAACAUUCAACGAGGCAGCUACCUGAAUUGAGAUCAAAUCUGUCAGAGCCAAAUCGAUCUUUGACGGACAGAAUUGCAAAGAAAGGAAACACACAGUCAUAUGAUUUGCAAACUCAAAUAUGGAACAGUUACCAUGUGAAACCACCAAAGCAAGUGGUCAGCUUCCCUGAAGUCGGCGUAACCGUGGAGCUGGAUUUCCAGUCUGAAUUCUCUAACCUUCUCAACGUGUUUGUCAUCGUCAUAGAUACAGGCUCCGUGCUGGACUGUGAGGGCACUAUCAGCAACAUCUCACCGCGUAUUUCUCAAUAUGGUGAUACCACGAGAUUCCAGAGGCAGAAUAAAAAUGGAAUGAAGAUAUCUCUGCAAGAUAUUCAGAAAUUAGAGGACAACCUUGUGGUUGACAUCACCAUCACCUUCAUCUACCCGCGGGAUCGCCAGCGCUACUUUCUCACUCAGCGCGUCGACCUUGGCCUUCCUCUCGUCUCCAAGCUGCAGCUAUGGCGACCGUCCACAGCGUUUUAUCCGCCGAGACGUGAGCCCAUGGAACAAGAGGAAUCUGACAGCAUGUGAUGUGGAGAUCAUUCAAACUUGAGGCCAUUUUCUUAUAAUACUGAAGUAAUCAAUGCAGUAAUUUUAAAAUUUAUGUUUUUGUGUAUUUUGUUAUCUCACAAUUGAUACUGUUAGUGUUACAGGUAUUUAAAUUGAAGUUUUGUUAAAGAUUUUCAGUGUAAAUAAAAGAAGUUGGUUUAAGAAUCUGUUGUACUUUCAAAAUUCUGAGUGAUGUAUUUGCUUGAUUAUUCACCGAAUAUUUUGAGAUAUAGUAUUCACAAGCUAUAAUUGUCAGUGUUAUUUUUUGGUUAAGGUUUGCAUGCAACAAGUACAUAUUUGUGUAAGUACUACAGAUAUUCUAUUGAAACUUCACAUAUCUAUUUGGGUCAAUAUAUUUUAAGAUCACCGACAUAUUGGUCUUACCUUCAUCUUACUAGCGAGCCCCUUUUUGUAUGUAUGGAGGGGAUUAAUGGAUUAUUAUAGAAUGAUAGUGUUCUUAAUUUGAAAGAUUCUUGAAUUAUUCUCACAUUAUUGUUAGAUUGAACCUUUGUUGAGAUUUAUUAUUAUUUUUAUGAUUAUUAUUAUGUUUAUUUAAGUCAUAAAAUGUGUAUGUAAAAUGGUUUGUACAAAUUAUGUUGUAAAAAAGUUGAAAAAGGCAUUAUUCAAAUACAAAGUUUGUAUGUUAAAACAAGGAUAAAAAUGGGAUGCAAAGAGGAAAAAGAAAAUACUAUUUUAAAACAUGAAAAUUUCAUAUACAUAUAAUUUACCUCUUGUUUGGAAAUUAAUUUUACCCCGGUAUUAACGUGUAAUGUUAUGUAGUGUAUG